AUGGCCGCCCCCGCCCCCAAGACCUUCACCAUCGGCACCCGCCAAUCAAAAUUGGCCCUGCUCCAAACAGAUCUAGUCCUCGCGGCCCUGAAGAAGGCCUUCCCUCAAUAUGAAUAUAAGAUUCUCUCCAAGGAGACCGCCGGUGAUCUGAACACCACCAUUGCGCUGAAAGACUUUACCAGCAAGAACUUGUGGACAGAAGAAUUGGAAGAAUUGAUGAUCGGCGGGGCAGUCGAUCUGAUUGUCCACUCCCUGAAAGAUGUCCCCACCCUCCUCCCCUCCACCUGCAAGCUGGGCCCGACCAUGCCCCGCGAAGACAGCAGAGACGUCCUAGUCGUGAAGCGAGGCCUACCAUACAAAAGUCUAUCUGAAAUCCCCGCCGGCUCAGUCAUUGGAACUUCUUCCAUCCGCCGCACAGCCCAAUUGGCCCGCAAAUACCCCCACCUCAAGGUCCAGGAUGUCCGUGGAAAUAUCGGUACCCGCCUGUCAAAGCUGGACGCCGAGGAUAGCCCCUACACCUGUAUCAUUCUAGCCGCUGCUGGUCUGCUGCGUCUUGAUCUGUCAGAUCGCAUUACACAAUACCUCGACUCCCAGAACAGUGGCAUGCUCUAUGCCGUCGGGCAGGGUGCCUUAGGUAUUGAGAUCCGCAAGGACGAUACCAUUCUCGGCGAGAUGCUGGAUAAGAUCUGCCACCAGGAUACUACCUACUCUAUUCUGGCUGAGCGGAGUCUUUUGCGCACCCUCGAGGGUGGUUGCAGUGCUCCAUUGGGAGUUGAGACUGAAUGGAUUGAGGUUGCUGGCUCUAAGAAGCUACGCAUGCGCUCUGUUGUUGUCAGUGUGGAUGGUAGGGAGUGCGCUGAGGUAGAGAUCGAUGGCGAUGUCGACUCCGCUGAAAGCGCCGAGGCCUUUGGUGUCACUGUGGCCAAGGCUUUGGUCGCUGAUGGUGCCGGAGCUAUCCUUGAAGCUAUCCAGGAGAACAAGAACAAGCAGAAUGUCUCGGCUUCGACCUGA